AUGCAGCCCUCGGGGUGCUCCACUGCCCGGGUCGUGGAGGGAGGACUGGGGGGGUUUGGCGGAGGGUGGGUCCCCGACCCCUACGACAGCUUCAUGCGCAGCCACCUGCGCUACUACGGCUACUUCCGAGGUGAGCCAUGGCCACGGUGGGGUCCUGGCCAGAAGGCAGGCGGGCAGAAGAGCCCCAUGUCCCCAGGGAUCCCCUCGGAGCAGCACCCCACCGAGGCAACUGCCCCUGGGCUGCUGGAGCCAGCCCCCUCUGCACAGCGCCGGGGCACGCCGCUUCCCUCGGCACGGCACCGUGGGUCCCCGGGGGAGCCACGGGCUCUCUUCGCCCUUCCCUCGGCGUGGGGACCCCUGCCCGCUCCCCGCUGGCCCAUCGAGUGCGAAGUCAUCGAGGAGACUAUCGAGCACAUCGAGUGGGUGCCCCCUGAACCGGAGCCCUUCUGCCAGCCGACGGGCCCUCACUGGGCCCCAGCUACCCUCGGUGAGGAGCACGGCACCGUUGUCUACCACCUCAGCCCAGCGCCCCAAGGCUCCUGCUUCACCCGCGCUCGGAUUGGGGGGGCCCCAGGUCCCCUCUCCUCGCCGGCAGCCCCCUUGGAGGGUCCCCAGGACACCACGCUGCUCUUCGAAUCCCGCUUCGAGAGUGGCAACCUCCAGAAAGCCGUCAAGGUGGGCCCCUACGAGUACGUGCUGAUGCUGCGGCCGGACCUGUACACCGCCAAGCACACCCAGUGGUUCUACUUCCGCGUCCAAAACACCCGGCGAGGCCCCCUCUACCGCUUCACCAUCGCCAACAUGGCAAAGCCCAAGAGCCUCUAUGGCGAGGGCAUGCGGCCGCUGUUCUACUCCCAGCGGGAUGCCCAGAGCCGCAGUAUUGGCUGGCGCCGGGUUGGGGCCGACGUCCGCUACUACCGGGGCAGCAGCGGGGAGGAGCCAGCCGCCUUCCGCCUCUCCUGGACGGCACGCUUCCCCCACGACGGUGACACCUGCUUCUUCGCCCACUCUUACCCCUACACCUACUCUGACCUGCAGCGCUACCUGCGGGCGCUGGCGGGCGAUCCGGUGCGCUCACGGUACUGCGCGGUGCGGGCGCUGUGCCGCAGCCUGGCCGGCAACACCGUCUACCUGCUGACCAUCACUAGCCCCACUGGCGCGGCGGCCAAGCGGGCGGUGGUGCUGAGCGCCCGCGCGCACCCCGGGGAGAGCGGUGGCUCCUGGGCCAUGCGGGGCUUCCUCGAUUUCCUCCUCAGCGCCGACGCUGAUGCCCAGCUCCUGCGCCAGCUCUUUGUCUUCAAGGUGGUGCCCAUGCUCAACCCUGACGGGGUGGUGGUGGGCAACUCCCGCUGCUCCCUGGCGGGCCGCGACCUCAACAGGGCUUACGGGACAGCACUCUGCAGCUCCUUCCCCGGCGUGUGGCACCUGCGGGCCAUGGUCGAGAGGGUGCUGGCAGAGCGGGAGGUGGUGCUUUACUGUGACUUCCACGGGCACAGCCGGAAGAACAACGUCUUCAUGUAUGGUUGUGAUGGUGGCGGGGCCGGGCUGCGGCUGUGCCAGCGCAUCUUCCCCCUGAUGCUGAGCAAAAAUGCCCCUGACAAGUUCUCCUUCCCCAGCUGCAAGUUCAAGGUGCAGAAGAGUAAAGCGGGGACGGGCAGGGUCGUCAUGUGGCGCAUGGGUGUCUCUAACAGCUACACCAUGGAGGCAGCCUUUGGCGGCUCCACGCUGGGUGGGAGGAGCUCGCACUUCACCGUGGAGGACCUCAAGUCGCUGGGCUACCACCUCUGCGACACCCUGCUAGACUUCUGCGACCCUGAUCCCGCCAAGUUCCAGCAGUGCCUGUCAGAGGUGGAUGCGCUGCUGCGGCAAUGGCUGGGCCGGGAGCCGGGCUCUGGUGGCAGCUGGAGUGAUGUCUCCCCCUCGGAGCUCGAGUCCAGCACCAGCGGCUCCGACAGCUCUGUGUCCAAUGGGUCCCCGGCUCACCUCCGUGGCCUAGCCUGGCCGCUGGAGCAAGGGAGGAGGAAGCGGCUGCGGAGUCGGAGAGUGAGGAAUGCCCUGCGCCGGACAAAUGCUGUCUACCAGAGCCGUGCCAGUGUCCCGGUGAGGCUGGGGCCCUCCAGGACCUGCAGGCAGCCGGCUCUCCCCAGCACCCCGAGGGGAGGCAGCGUGGCGGGAGAGGAGCCCAGAGCCGGCUCGAGCAUGACCUUUCCCAGCGCAGCCAGAGCAGGGGCUGGCCGCCACGCCGCCAUGGGGCGAUCUCAGCUGGAUGGUGGCACAAGCGCGGUGUCCCACCGUCGGCCACCACUGAGCAUCCCUCACCCCGGUGUCACCGCCAAGCACAUCGUGAAGGUUGACGGAAGAGCGGGACUCUUCAAGGGACUCACCCCCCGCCUCUGCUCCAGCGCCAUCGGCACCGUCGUGCACGGCAAAGUGCUGCAGCGGUACCAGGAGGCCGAGCAGGCUGAGCCUGGAGCCAGCAAGAAGGAGCCUGUGUCCUCGCUGGAGCAGGUUCUCAAGGAGACCUCCCGAGAGAUGGUCGCUCGCUCUGCCGCCACACUCAUCACCCACCCCUUUCACGUGAUCACCCUGCGCUGCAUGGUGCAAUUCAUCGGCCGGGAGACCAAGUACAGCGGGACGCUAAGCGCUUUCGCCACGAUUUACCGAGAAGAGGGUGUCCUGGGCUUCUUUGCUGGCCUCAUCCCCCGGCUCCUUGGGGACAUCCUUUCGCUCUGGCUCUGCAACAUGCUGGCCUACCUCAUCAACACGUAUGCGCUGGAAAAUGGGGUCUCAACUAUGGCUGAGAUGAAGAGCUACUCACAGGCAGUCACUGGAUUCUUCGCCAGCAUGCUGACCUACCCCUUCGUGCUGGUCUCCAACUUGAUGGCUGUUAAUAAUUGUGGGCUGGCCGGGGGUCUCCUCCCCUACGCACCCACCUACUCCUCCUGGCUGGACUGCUGGAGCCAGCUGCACAGGGAGGGCAACAUGAGCCGAGGGAACAGCCUGUUUUUCCGCAAGGUGCCCGCAGGGAAGCGAUACGUGUGGGAGGAGAGGAGGUUUCGUUGAAGUUGGAGCCGGGAGGGGAGUCGUGAAGCUGAUGCUGGGCUCUGGAGGCAAAAAAUGAGAGAGUGGUGAUUUCUAUACAGUUUUUUUUUAAAUCAUUUAAUGCUGAG